UCGAUUUAUCUCUGUCUCCCAUCGGAAACGAGACAGAGGAGGCUGCUCGACUACGCCAAACACAUUGAGAAUCCUUCAAUCCGGUGGAUAUUUUUGAUCUCAGCUACCUGGGCAUUCAUUCCGGCAGCGGAAAGAUGAAGAGCCGCCGGUCCAGAAUUUCGGGGAUGUUUUCCAAUAGCUUCGACCCGCAGAAAUGCAAGACGUCUCUCAAGCUGGUGGCAUCUCGGAUAAAGCUGCUAAGGAACAAGAAGGAGUUGUUGCUGAAACAGAUGCGACAGGAUUUGGCUCAAAUCUUGGAGACUGGGCAGGAACAAACCGCUCGGUUACGGGUUGAACAUGUUAUUAGGGAACAAAAGACUUUGUCAGCGUAUGAGCUCAUUGAGAUAUACUGCGAGAUCAUUGUUUCACGGUUGCCCAUAAUCGAGGCACAGAAGAGCUGCCCCAUAGACGUGAAGGAAGCAGUAACUAGUGUAAUAUUUGCAUCCCCGAGAUGUGUAGAUAUUCCAGAACUUAAGGAUAUUAACAAACAUUUUACGGCAAAGUAUGGUAAAGAUUUUGUUAAGGCUGCUCUUGAAAUUCGACCAGACUGUGGAGUUAGCCGUGUGAUGGUCGAGAAACUAUCAGCAAAUGCACCUGAUAUUCAGACAAAGGUUAAAGUCCUGAAUGAAGUUGCUAAGGAACAUGGCAUUAAAUGGGAAUCAAAAACAUUUGAAGAGGAAGUUCAGAAACCUAAGGAUGACCUGCUGAGUGGACCAUCCUCUUUCAGUAGCGUGGAAAGAGUGGAAAUUAAAUCCUCUGACGUUAAAACCUCUUUUGUUGGAAGCCAAAAAAAUGAAUCAGCAGCCAACGUUUCUCGGUAUAAUAUGGCAGCCCAACCACAAGUGGUCAAAUCAACCCUUGACAAGGAAGAGAGUGCUUCCUUCCAUAGCUCAAAUUGGAAGAUGGAGUUUAAGGAUGCAACUGCUGCUGCUGAGGCGGCUGCUGAAUCCGCUGAAAGGGCUAGCAUGGCAGCUAGAGCUGCUGCCAAGUUAGCAAGCCGUGGGAAUGUUUCUAGACAAUCUUCAGGUGGAUCAUAUGAACAAUCAGCAUAUGUUGUCAAAAAUGGACGACCUCAGUCAAUGAAAAGCUCUCAUGUGGAGAGCAAUUACACUUCACAUUUAAAAGCCUCCAAGGAUGCUAGUCGAAAGGAUUCUCAUUCUGUGAACCCAAAGGCACCAGAUCUGCACAAGGAUGACUUGAUACAAACAAGCAAAUUAACUAAAGAGCAAACCUUAAAGAGUUAUACCACCUCUAGGGAAAAUCUGAUGUCAGAGAAGGCUCAGUUCAGUAGCUCGCCGAUUGUUAAUGUGCCAUCAGGGAAUAAUUUCCAUGAAGAUAAUGCCAAACCAUAUCAUUAUGCAGGGGAAAGCAUUUCAGAUCCAGGACCUGCAUUCAAUUUUGAUAAUAAUCCUGAUAAUGUUGAUGAUGAUGGCAGUAUGAACUAUGAACAUGGACCUAGCAUGUUUCCUUCUUCAUUGCAAUCUGCUACUGUUGAUGAUAAAAGUGAAGUUGAUUCUUCUGCUGUACAUUAUGAUGACGACAAUAGUGAUAAUGAUGAUCACUGGAGGCGAAGUGAGAGCAACUUGUUGGAUUCAUUUUUGCCGCAACAAAGUUAUGGAUCUUCUAGUCACUUGUCAAACAUGGAUUCUUGGAGCCAUAAGGAGAAUGAUGCUCGGAAUAGUGAAAUCACCUCACAGCCCGACAAAACUGAUCAUUCAGAAAAGAUAGAGAAGGAUGAACUUCACUCAUAUUCUGAUGGCAAUGUGCCACCAAAAUAUGACUCUGGUGAACCAAGUUCUGAGAGUGAUGAUGAGAUGGAGUAUCCAAUUUUUUUUGGACAUGUGCGAUCCAGAAAUUUCAUAGACACCAACAACAGCUCAAGUAAGGGUUUCCUAGCAGCACUACCUAGUCAUGGAGCGCAUCUCAUGGACGAUACUUUUGCACUUGAUGCAAGCAAGCAUCAACAAGAUGCUUUUCAUAAUGAGAAAAACCUUGAAGUGAAAAGAGGUUCUAAUGAUAAGGAUUGGAGAUCUGGUCUCAGUGUGCACCACCAAACUCGAAGUCUUGGCAAAUCUCAAUCUAAUGAUACAGGGAGAGGAUGGACAGAAGAAUCAGUGAAUGCUAAUUUAUCAGAUGAAGGAUAUGAAAGUGGAAUCUUGAACAUCCGCAGAUUGUCUAGUGGAGUCAGGAACAAAGGUUACACUCGUCCACCUAAUGUAGGGAACAUAAUUGUAGCUUCAUCCAGGGCAACAAUGGAUUCAGAUGAUAUUUCUCUCAAUGAUGAAGAAAUUACCAUCAGUACAUCUGAAUUUUCAACAAGUAUUGAAGUCACGACUGAGGAAAGAACAAGUGAAAUUUUGCAUACAGAUGCUUUCAGGACGAAAUUUAGAGCUUCAAGGACCAAUGUGAACACUAGCCUUGGUAGUGAAGAGCAGCUUGCAAAUAGGUCAUCAGAUGAUCCUGCAUCAACAGGAAGAUCAAUUUAUUCUCAGUCCAGAAGUUCUGAAAAUUUGAAUCAUCCAGUUCUCAAAACACAUCUCCAACAACAAGAACAGAAGGGGUACAAGGAAUCUAAUUUAAGAUCACCAGCGAAAACUAUAAGCAUAGAAAAGGGGGCAAAGCAAACUGAUACUGCCGAGGUUAGAGGGUCAAGAGGCAGUAUUCCAACCUCCAGAAAUCAGAAGUUAAACAUUUCCCCUUCCACACAGAAAUCAACUAACUCUGAAGUUGUAAAUCAGUGGAUCAACAGUCAGAAUUCGCAUGGGAGAGCAUAUUAUGACUCUAAUUUUGAUCACAAACAGGCAGAAGAGCCGGAGCCACAAGCUGCAUCUGUAAAAGGUAACAACAAUAUUGUUAAGCUUUCUCCAAGAACGAGGCCCACACCAUCAGUUACUAAAGAAGAUAAACUCCCAGACAUCUCAGAACCAGUGAAGGAGUCAAAGACCUCUCUACUAAAUUAUGCAAGUGAUUUUUCCUCUGCCAAAAUAAAACACUCCAGAGAUUUACAGGAUGAAAAGAGUUCCAAGCCUCAACAAUCAUACUCAUUCGUCCAAGAACCUUCAUUGAAACAGUCACAGACUGGACAGUCUGUGGUUAGGGAUCGUUCCGAGCGGUCUCAAGGUGAGUCGAGGCAGCCUUCCAUUAAAGAAAAUGAGAAAUCUUCUACGCCAAGUUCAGUUAUGAAAUCAACUUCACGUGAAUCCUCUUUCAACAAGUCUUCUCAUGUUCAUCCAAAGCUUCCCGAUUACGAUUUUAUUUCCGCUCACUUUCAGUCACUCAGAGCAAAUGUGCGCAAGUUUUGAUGUAGAGAGAUCAGUUCUCAUUUUCUUGUAGCACCACCAUGACAUUCAUGAUUGACUCAGUUGUGUUUUUUCCCCCACAAAACUGAAAAAAUGAUUGGUCCGAUCCCCUACUGAUGAAAUCCUCCUUGAAUCUAGGGAAACUCAUAGAACAGAUACCUGAGAUACGCCCAACCAUUUAAGGUACUUUUCAUUCAGAUCAAUCGUGCUUGUGUUUUGACUGAGAAAAAGAUACAAAACUGGUUAAUUCCUAACAGUCCUGAUACGGUUGACAAUGGAGGGGUCCAAGAGGAAAGGGUGAGAAAGGUCAAGGUCAUGUAACGGUCAAAAGUCAAGAGGACGUGGCGGUCAAUAGUCAAGGUGACUCGACAGUCAAUGGUCAAGCUGACGGGGCAGUCAGAGGCAAGCAUGUGGGGUAGUCAGAGGUCAGGCAGACUGGUUGAUCAAGGGGGCAAAAUAGUUGAAAGACGAAGGAAGACGACAGGCACCGGGCACAGGUCGGGAUCGACAGAGCUGUAUAGAGGCAACUCGGUCUGCAGGUCCGCAAUUCAAAGGCCCGGGAGUGCAAGUCACAAAUCACAGGUCGGACGCGGCAGAGCUAUAUAGAGGCAGCUCGGUCUGCAGGUCCGCAAUUCAAAGGCCCGGGAGUGCAAGUCACAAAUCACAGGUCGGACGCGGCAGAGCUAUAUAGAGGCAGCUCGGUCUGCAGGUCCGCAAUUCAAAGGCCCGGGAGUGCAAGUCACAAAUCACAGGUCGGACGCGGCAGAGCUAUAUAGAGGCAGCUCGGUCUGCAGGUCCGCAAUUCAAAGGCCCGGGAGUGCAAGUCACAAAUCACAGGUCGGACGCGGCAGAGCUGUGUAGAGACGGCUUGGUCUGCAGGUCUGCGAUUCGAAGGAUCGGAAGUGCAAGCCACGGUUGGUUUGCAGGACUGCGAUUCGAAGGUCCGGAAGUGUGAGUCACGAGUACAGAUCGGGAUCGGCAGAGCCGUUUAUAGAUGACUCGAUCUACAGGCCUGCGGUUGAGGGACAAGAAGUACAAAGCGCAGAGUAUAGAUCGGGAUCGGCAGAUCCGUUUAUAGAUGGCUUGAUCUACAGGCCUGCGGUCGAGGGACAAGAAGUACAAAGCGCAGGGUACAGACCGGGAUCGUCAAAGCUGUUCAGAGUCAGCCCAACUGGCAGGUGAUGCUUGGAGGUUGGAUCUGAGCGGAGGAUGCGGGGCCGAUGCAUGCCACAAUAGAUCGGAUGAGCUAAGCCGUGCGGGAGUCGGGGAAUCACAAUUGUCCGUCAAGGGGUAAUCACUACAUACCAGCGAUAUGUGCGGAGGCGGAGGUUUCUAGAGGAGAAGAUGCUUUCACAACCAAUAGCAGUCCGACAGGUGUCCCUCACUACAAGACAAAGCCCAUGUGUGAAGGCGGAGGUUCCUAAACAAGAAGAUGCUUUCACCACCAAUGGCAGCGCGACAAGUGUCCGGGACUACACGACAAAGCCCAGCGUCUAACGCUUU